AUGGCUGACGUAAAGGUUUUUUGGAAUGUGUGUUUUCUUGUUUUUGUGACGGGUCCAGUUUUCACUGCUGUUGUGGACGAACAUGAAAAUUUCUGCAGUGCUGGAGAAAUACCAUGUGACGACGGAACCUGCGUGAGUACUGACAAACUCUGUGACGGGAUCGCAGACUGUGCGGACCGAAGUGACGAGAGGGCUUGCGGUACCAGCUCUGACAUUACUCUAUCUCUGUGGUCUCCCGAUCAACACAGAAAAAGACGGGCUGCGAAUAAUUGUCGUACAGAGGAAGUGGCUUGCGAUGAUGGCACCUGCGUGAGCAGGUUUAGUCUGUGUAAUGGGUUCGCGGACUGCCCAGACCGCAGCGACGAGAAGGACUGUGCUGUAUCUGACUCUAACCCGUUACUGUCCCGCUUAUCUGCCGGACGAUUAAGAUCUAAGAGACAGGCAGCUGGUAAAUGUCGGAAGAAUCAAUGGCAGUGUAGAGACAAGUCUUGCAUCAGCUUCGAUGGGAAGUGUGACGGUAUCGUCGACUGUCCCGACGGCAGCGAUGAGUCCCAUCCGCUGUGUAGAUUAGAGAAAUGCCAGUACAAUUGGUUCCGAUGCACCUACGGGGCGUGUGUGGACGGAACAGCUCCGUGCAACGGGAUCCAGGAGUGCGCCGAUAACUCUGACGAGCUGCUGCCUCGCUGCAGGAAUGAGACUGAUGAAAUUCAAGGCCAAUUCAGAUGCCAAAACGGGGACAUGAUCCCAGCGGCGAACCAUUGCGACGGCGUGGUGGACUGCGCCGACGGUUCCGAUGAGACUGUGCGCGCGUGCGCCGCGAAGAGCUGCCCUUCAUACCUGUUCCAGUGUGCGUACGGAGCUUGUGUCGAUCAAGGCGCCAAUUGCGACGGUAAACAAGAUUGUGCGGACAAUUCGGAUGAAUCUGACGAACUGUGUAACAGGAUAUCCGCUGUCACGACUACCACUAAAAGACCACAAACAGGGAACUGUAUCCUUCCACAAUAUCCCGCAAAUGGUGGUUACGCUGUGCAAGGGGCACCGUACGCGAAGCCAGGUGAAGCCUUCCCAAGCGUUUAUCUGAACGUCAGCUGCAAUCCUGGUUAUGGGGUGGACGGGACCAAUGUGCUGUACUGUUACGACGGAUUUUGGAAUACUGAGAUGCCCAAGUGUGUCCGUUACUGCAAGCUACCACCUCACCCCAGCGUAGAGUACCACUGCCUGCUAAGAGGUACAGCAGGAGUUGAAGGCAACAGGCCUUGCCGCGAGUUCGAACCCACGGGUACCGUGGUGAGGCCGGAAUGCAAGGCGCCGAACUACUACUCAGCCGGGAUCCUCCGGUUCAUGCAAUGCAUCGAAGGCAGUUGGGACUAUAUCGCUAUUUGCACACCAGAAUGCGGAAGAAUCACACCGGAGGGAGAGUUCCUCAUCAUUGACGGUCGCAACGCGAAGCGUGGUGAACUCCCCUGGCACGCUGGGAUCUACACUAAGCUCACCAUGCCAUACAUGCAGAUAUGUGGUGGUUCACUGGUCAGCACAAACGUCGUUAUAUCAGCUGCCCAUUGCUUCUGGAACGAUCUACAGAAAAAACUUCCGCCGACAAAUUACGCUGUAGCUGUCGGUAAGCUGUACCGCCCUUGGAACAAUCCUCAGGAUGUGGACGCACAGAAGAGUGAUGUGAGCGACAUAAGAAUCCCGCCACGUUUCCAAGGCUCGGCCAGUAAUUUUCAAGACGACAUCGCCCUGGUGAUCCUGACGACGAUUAUCGAAUACAAGACGUAUGUGCGACCGGUGUGCUUGGAUUUUGACAUCAACUUCGAUAGGCGACAGUUACAGGAGGGACAUAUUGGCAAGGUUGCAGGUUGGGGCCUGACAGCCGAGAACGGCCAAGCAUCGCCGGUGCUGAAGGUUGUGGACUUGCCUUACGUGAAAAUUGAGAAGUGCAUUGCACAAUCACCGCCCGGAUUCCGGGAGUACAUCACAAGCGACAAGAUCUGCGCGGGAUAUGGAAACGGAACGGCACUCUGCAAGGGAGACAGUGGAGGCGGCCUCGCCUUUCCGGAGUCAGAUAGAGGAACCGAGCGUUUUUACCUCCGGGGUAUUGUCUCCACAGCACCGAGCAAUGAAAAUCUUUGCAACGCCUACACCCUCACGAGUUUCACCCAAGUGUCGAAACAUGAACAUUUUAUUAAAGAAUCGUUGCUCUAG